AUGGAGCGAGAACUGAACGAAGAGGAGCUGCAGGAGUUGUACGCAUGGAUAGACAAAAUACCUCUGUCCCGACCCAAAAGACACAUCACAAGAGACUUCAGCGACGGAGUGAUGGCUGCAGAGGUUGUAAAACAUUUCUUCCCGAAGCUUGUUGACCUGCACAACUAUAUUCCUGCAAGCUCCACACAGCAGAAGCUCAGUAAUUGGAACCUCCUCAACAGGAAGGUGUUUUCCAAGCUGAACUUCCAUGUGCCUGAGGAGACAGUGAGGAGGAUUGUAUUGAGCACUGCAGGAGUGAUAGAGCCCAUACUGAGCGCCCUCAGAGAGAGGAUAGACAAGAAACUGGAGCACCCUACAGAGAAUAUACUGGAUUUGGAAUACUAUGACAUCAGGGACCGGGAGAAACCUCGUAUAGAAAUUCGUCAGACUGAAGUGAAGCUUGUGGCUCAGUUGUCAGGAGAAGAGAUGAAAAAAGAUGAAAAGAGCAGAGAAAAAAACAGUAAACCACAGCAAACAGUGCCGUUUUACUCAGACAUGGACCCGACUUUCCGACUAAUCCUACAGGAAAAAGAGCAAACUGUCAUGGCUUUGCAGGAGACUGUGGAGAUCCUGCAGAUGAAAGUGAGCAGGUUGGAGCAUCUGGUUCACUUGAAGGACAUGCGAAUUGACGAUCUGAUGAGGCACCUGGAGACGUACAAAGCAAAAGGCAAUACACGCUGA